CCCAGCCCUCUUUUGUUCAAUGCAAUUAGGAUUGAUUCCCAAUUAGGGUUUUGAUCCUCUUCAUCAGAAAACCCACGAAAUGUAAUCAGACGAAGACUUCGACAUGCUCGACGCUAAUGAUGACGACGACAAUGACGAGGAUUUCUAUAGUGGCGGCGACGACGACGCAGCCGCAGCUAUGGAUAGCGACGAAUCUGGAGUUGCGGAUUAUGAGUUCAUCGACAACGACUCCGACGAUCCAAUGAUGUCGCCUCACAUCGAUAUCAGGUGGUGGUUCUAUGGUUGGCGCUAUCCGUGGAUCUACUCAAUGUGAGCCGCUGGUUGUGGGAAAACCCUCAACAUUUAUGAUGGACUACUUAGCAAACGAAUUUGGCAUCCUGACGUCACAGAUUUGCAUGAUUGGGGACAGAUUAGAUACUGAUAUUCUGUUUGGACAAAAUGGUGGUUGCAAAACUCUUCUUGUUCUCUCAGGUGUCAUCACUUUAUCAGGGCUUCAGAGUCCUAACAACUCCAUACAACCAGAUUUUUACACGAACAAGAUUUCAGACUUUUUGUUUCUCAAGGCUGCAACUGUAUGAUUAUUAUGUUACCCCUAAAAUCAAUCUUGGGCACAUAUGUCAUUAUUUGUCUCUGCCAGUCAUAACUUUGAUAUUAUUAAUGUCCAUGUAAUUUUUUUAUGUAUAUUUUACUGGAUGUAGGUUUCUGAAACAAAAAGAAACAG